GCGGACUUCUUUUGAACGCUCUGGAUGGUGUUACAAAUAUCUGUCACCAGUCACGACUGCACGACAAUUGGUCUAAACUUGUAACUCACGCAGGUACAGGCUCCUGCUGCCAGCCAGUCCUUCCGGAUGUCCAAGUACAAAGUCUUUGUGAUGAGGCAUGGAGAAGGGGCCUGGACCAAAGAGAACCGCUUCUGCAGCUGGGUGGACCAGAGGCUGAGUGAGGAUGGGGUAAAGGAGGCCCUAGCGUGCGGUCACCUCCUAAGAGAUGCUGGCUACCACUUGGAUGUGGUCUUCACAUCCCUGCUCAGCCGCUCCAUCCACACAGCCUGGCUGCUGCUAGAGGCCAUGGGGCAGGAGUGGGUCCCAGUGGUGAAAUCGUGGAGGCUGAAUGAGCGCCAUUAUGGUGCUCUGAUCGGACUCAACCGCGCCGAGAUGGCCCUAAACCACGGUGAGGAGCAGGUGAAACAGUGGAGGAGGAGUUACGACCUCACGCCGCCGCCUAUCGACAAAUCACACCCUUACUUUCUGGAGAUCUACAACGACCGGCGGUAUUCUACUUGCGAUGUUUCUAAAGAGGAUCUCCCUAAGUCGGAGAGCCUGAAGGAUGUCUUAGAGAGGCUCCAGCCAUACUGGGAUGGCACCAUUGUGCCGGAGAUCAAACAGGGGAAAUCGGUGCUCAUCUCUGGGCAUGGGAAUAGCUGCAGGGCACUGCUGAAACACUUACAAGGUAUAUCAGAUGCUGAUAUCGUCAACGUGACGUUACCCACAGGAACGCCCAUUCUGAUUGAGCUGGAUGAGAACUUCCGGCCCACCAAACCCAUGCAGCUCCUGGGAGACCAGGAAGCCAUCCAGGCAGCCAUCAGGAAGGUGGAGGAUCAGGGGAAGGUUAAACAAACAGCCUGAUUGGCCUGAAUCUAGUCAACUGAAUUCUAGUCAUUCUAGAUUCCAAAAUCUAGUCAACUGAAUUAUAUUCAUUAUAGAUACUAGUGGCUUCUAGAAUCUAGUCAACUGGUUGUAAGACUAAUAUACGAAUUUGCCCAGGCCUGGGCUAGCACUUAUUUGGUUGCCUGUUAUGCACCAUUAAUCAGAUUCACUCAAAGCUGAAUUCUUGAUUUAAUUCAAUCAAUAUUAAGUACAUGCUAUUGUAGCCAGUAAGUCUCAUAGUGAAUUGACCGUAUACAUAAUCGUGGUAUGGCCUUAACCCAGGCUACCCUAUUGGGUGCAACAAGGAAACAAAAUAAUUACAUUAACAGGCAUAUUUAUCAUUAACAAGCAUAUUUGGUAAUAGGCUGACUAAGCGUGUAUUGAGGCAUUUUGGCAUUAAAGGAAUAGCAGCCUGUGAAACCAUCAAAUGUUCCUUAAAAAAAAAAAAAAACUUUUUCAAACCUCUGUCACGUGCCUUCACUGCCAUUAUUCUCAAUUUCUGUAGGACUUUGCGAUGCAAUUUUGUUAGUUCUUACAAGUGAAUUAUGACUGUGACAGAAUACAGAAUCUAGCAGUAGAAUAUGAGCCAGCACUAACAGGUACAAAUUAUGUUAUUUAUCAAGAAACUUUAAAAGCACUUCAUAACAAGUAUUACCUCAUUGAGACUGACAGCCAGGCUAUUCAUUCCAAGACAGGUCGAUGAUUGUGUGAUCAAAGCUUCUUUUAGUACAGUAAUGCUGUAAAUGUGUUGUUGAAAAAGAUAGGUCAAACUUGAUAAGAACAUGUCCGCUCAUAUGCUACAUGCUAGUUUAAGAGAAGUUUGUAUGAAAUAACUGUAGUGCUCAUGCGGUUAAUCAUAAAAUACCUACGUUGACAUGCUGAUUUAUGACUUGCAGUAUAUUGCCGUAUAAUUUGACA